GACCACACCUACAAUAUCACUGGAAUUCUCGAUUGGGAGCGCGCUGGCUGGUAUCCGGAUUAUUGGGAAUAUUCGAAUAUUUUAAAGCCCUCCAAUGACGAGGAUUGGCAAGCCUGGAUGGAGAAAACGGCAGCGGAGAAUUGGGAUAUCGGAGGUCUCAUGGCGGCGAGGAGAGUCUUACUCUAA